GCGCGCUCCCGUCGCCCCCCGCGCGCAACCACUCAGGAGCGCGCACGUCGCGUCGGAAGGGCGGAGACAAGAUGGCGGGCAAAGGCGGCAGGACUGGGCUGCUCGACAAGUGGAAGAUAGAUGACAAACCAGUGAAAAUUGACAAAUGGGACGGUUCAGCUGUGAAAAAUUCCUUGGACGAUUCUGCCAAAAAGGUUCUCCUGGAGAAGUACAAGUACGUCGAAAACUUCCGCCUGAUCGACGGCCGCCUCAUCAUCUGCACAAUCUCGUGUCUCUUUGCCAUUGUAGCUUUGAUUUGGGACUACCUGCACCCCUUUCCUGAAUCCAAACCUGUUCUUGCCUUUUGUGUUGUAUCAUACUUUGUGAUGAUGGGAAUCCUGACCAUCUAUACCUCAUAUAAAGAAAAGAGCAUUUUCCUUGUAGCUCACAGAAAAGACCCCGCGGGGAUGGACCCCGACGAUGUUUGGCAGCUCUCCUCCAGUCUCAAACGGUUUGAUGACAAAUACACCCUGAAGGUGACGUUCAUCAGCGGCAGGACCAAGCAGCAGAGGGAAGCCGAGUUCACCAAAUCCAUUGCCAAGUUCUUCGAUACCAACGGCACGUUGGUGAUGGAGGCCUACGAGCCCGAGGUAUCCAAGCUGCACGACAGCCUGGCCACGGAGAGGAAAACCAAGUGACCGGGAUGCUGCUGGGAAUGUGCUUGGUGAAC